AUGCAGCGGCACCUGAACGGCAAAUCUGGCGCCUACACCGAGGAGUACCACCGCCUCCUUGGCAGAUCGACGUGGAUUGUCGUGCGACACCUCGACCAUGCGGACGCCAAGGGCGCCGUCAUUCUCUCCGAGGGGGACGUUGCCACUGUCUUCUCUCAGUUUGGCGACGUGGUAGAUGUGCGAUUUGUGCGACACCGACGCACGGGGCGUUUCUUGGGCACGGCCUUUGUGAGGUUUGCGGACUACCGCAGCGCCGUGCUCGCCGCGGACGAGAUGAAUUCCAACCAUGAGACUGGGCAAGAAGUGCGGUUAACAGCAGCAGGCGCUUUGGCGGGGCGCGGGAUCGAGGUGGAGCGCUGCGACGAGGCGGAAGUCGUCGUGCUACCCGAUGACGUGGAGUCGUACCCGGCGUGGGUCGCCAGACUGGAGGCUGGAAGGAUGUCUCUGACACACUGA